UGGCUACGUGACCCAGACAGGUGCGUUGACCAAAAAUAUUUGCACAGUACAAAAACUGUGGCCUUAUCAAUGAAACUACGUGGGUAAAAAGUAUGGUCUGCAUUAGGAUUUUACUUAUGCUUGGACGGAUUGAUAAGUUCUAAUAGUGAGAAACAAGACUUAUUUUUCACCUAACGUGGUAAUUAUGUUUGUGCAAAAUUUCUUACUUCCGGGUUAGACCACAACUCAUCGACUUCCUGCACCCCGAACACAUAACUCAGUUUCUGUUGCUGCUCUGCUUCUUUGUCUUCACCAGCGGGACGCCGGGAUCUAGACCGCAGUUGAUGUUGAAAUGAGAGGAGGCCAAAUCAGUGAUGGCAGCCAGCAAUGAUGCUAACCUUCCAGUGCCUCCGCCGAGACUUCCGCCAAAACCGAAGGUCAUACGGCGCAAGUCCGAGCUCCAGAUGAUCCAAUAUUAUUACCCAGACAUUAAGGGUUUAGAAGAAGUUAAAGAGGUUCUCUUUGACUAUAUCCAUAUCCCAGGCAGCUUUCUUCUCAGGAACAGUUCAAGGAACGAAGGGGCACUUGUCGUCUCUGUUGUACAUGAAGAUGGUUCCAUAAAACACUUCACCAUCAACGAAAACGACUCCCAGUACUUCCUGCAAGACAAGUACUUUAAAACCAUCAACGACUUGGUUCAAAAUUAUGCCAAAGAGGACGUCCCAAACUUGGAGAACAUCGCAAACGUGCGACUGCUUCAUCCCAUCAUCACUGCUUACAGUACAGCAACACCGCCUUCAACAGAUCCGUUCUCCGAGUCUUACCCUCCUUCUGGCCGUUCUCCUCUGAAUUACUCCAAGAGUUUUCCAAGGUCAGCAAUGACAAAUGGACCAAAGGGGAGGUACUUCUCGGACUCAGCAUAUCCAAUAGGUGAAUCACCCCCACAUUCUGCCACCAUUGCUACCACUAAAGGUAGGGCAGGGGGGAAAAGUAAGAGUGUCAAGGUGGGAUACUUGGAAAAUAGCCGACGUAAUGAAGCGGAGACCAAACCAACCUGGUAUAGACGAGGUAGUAUGGAUGAGCAUCAAAGCAACACAAGAGAGACUGUUAGCAAAUCGAAUAAAUAUCGUAGAGGAAGUAUUGACGAUCGACCCCCAGCACCACCGCCAUUACCCCCGGAGGAACCCAAGUAUCUAGAAAGUCAGUCACAGACUUAUAUCUACAGCAGAGCCUAUGACACCGAUAUAAACCGAUUUCAGGAUCUGCUCGAAAAACUAAAAUUUUCCGACGAGCACCAAAAGUGUGACUGUGGUAUUUACAUCAAGGACUCUUUGUUUCCUGGUGGAUGGACCAUUCAUCGUAGCACGGAAGAGACGACAAAAGGAAUGGUGUUCUUUAUAAAUGAGGAAAAAACCGUCUCAUCUUGGACUUUGCCACAAGAGGUUAUUCAGCUGCUGGAGCCAUCACACUUUCAGACUCUGAAAAGUUUAGGUUUUAAUUUUGCUCUGUUUAAGGGAUCAUAAGUUGAGAUAUGCUGAUGCCUAAUUUAUUUAUUUAUUUAUUUAUUUAUUUAUUUAUUUAUUUUGGACAAAAGAUACAGGGAAUAUUUUUUUCUUCAGA